CAGCCACUUGCUCGCGCGCUCGCUAACCCACCCUGGACCAACCGUCCCCUCUCAGCGCGUCCCCGGGAUCAUCGCCCCUCACCAAUUCUCCAAGCCCGUCUUCACGGUGAGCUGUCAUGGCGGCUGGCUUCCGUGUCCUUUUCCUUCUCGUUCUCUCCUUUGCCCUCGCCACUGCCGGCUGCUCGGAAGCUUUCGGCUGGUUCCUCCGUAGGGAAGUGGCUGGGAGUCCCACUCCUUCUCCCACUACCGCCGGCGACCCGCAGCCCCUCUUCGAGAUGACCGCGGUCGACGCGAAGUUUGUGUCCGAAGGCCGGCUACUGGAUCUGAGCCUGCUGGACAACUGUCAUCGACAGGUAAUAGCUCAGUUAACAACCUCCUGCAGUGAUCUCUCAGAAGAGGAGCUCGCCAAACUUGGGGUGUCCUUAUUCAACUGUCAAGCGGCUGCUGAACAUCGGCUAACUUACCUAUGCACUGCAGAUAUGACGUUGGCUGAAUGUACAGAGGCUAUGGACCCUGACACCUGGAAUGCAUACCAUAUAAUCAGUAAUCGUGCACGCUCUGUGUGCUAUGCCACGCGACAGCAGGAUUUCAAAAAGAGGACUGAGAUGACUGUGAACUCACUAGUGGCUUCAGCUUCCAGUCAGUUAGAAGCCAUGAAAAUCCUGAAGGAUGGACAAAAAGAACUACGAGAGCUCACUGCCUCGUCACUUGAAAAAGUCGUUAAGGGUCAGAAUGAGUUGCUGGAACAGCAGGAGCAGCUUCAAGGUGGUCAGCACGAGCUGGAGACUUCAAUCAAUGGAAACCUGGAGAAGUUGACUAAGGAAAAAGAACUUAUUGCUAGUGGACACCAGCAAGUUGCCAAGUUGAUUGAAGGCAUUACAUUAACAAUAGAAAAUGUCACUAAACAAUUGGCUCAUCAGGAUUCGGAGCUACAAGAAGGUCAUCGAGCAAUUCUAACUGACUUGCUGGAGGUCCGGGCACGUGCUCAUCAGGUCUACACCAAACUGGAUUCGAACCUGGCUUUAUUUUCUGCUCACCAAUCCCAAACUGCCAUUUAUUAUGAUCAGUUAAUGGAGAAGCUACAGAAGAUGAACCAGACUGUGGGCAUGGUGAUGUACAUGAUUGACCACCUUGAGCUAGGAGUAAGCCAAAGGUUAAACAGCAUCCAGCACCUCCUGAGCUGGACAGGAAACAACCUCCAUUUGAUCUACACCUGCACCGUACAUGUCACUUAUUUUCUGGUUGCCGCUCUGAUCAUGACAUUCUUGCAAACGCCAAGUUUCUCUCGAGCCGUGUUGUUAAUUCUGGUGGUGUUGAAUGCUCUCUCCAAGUUCAAUCAUUGUGUUUCCAUGGACUUCAAGUGUCUCAGUCUCUUCCUGUCUAUGACGGUGAUUGGUAACUGGACGCUGAUUAAAUAUUUCAGUUCCUGGAAGAAGAAAUGUCAUCCAUCUACGCCUGUCAUCGAACCUUCAAACAUCUACAACUCAAUGAAGAAUGGAUUUUACACCUCCACACCUGAGUGGAAGUAUGACAUUCUCAGCUUGGAGGAAGGACUUGAGAAACUGGAAUGUGACGGCCUGCAAGACAACUAUGAUUUAUGGAACACAGAUUUUGUAAGAAGCGGUACACUGAUAAAGACUCCUGCCCAGUCAUCAUCACAAACAACAACACAAAAGGAUUACGUCUCCAAAGUUCCUGUAACCUCCAUACCCAUAUUGAAGAAAAGACUAGGAUUGACCAACUCUGCACGUUGGGAGACCAAUCUGAGAAAAGCUAGGGAUGAUGCACCCCUGAGUCACCAUGCAUGGAUGCUUGAAGCUGAAACUUUCAAUCUCAAUAAUUCUACUGCCAGUAGUGGGUCGCUAUCACAGAGGCAACCAUGUUGUGCCAUCACAAAGACUGGUCAACCAUGCCGAAAUAAAGCAGUUACUGGCCAGGAAUUCUGUCGAGUCCACAGUUCAGGACAAUCUUGAUACCGUUAAAUUACUGCUGAUUCGUACAAGAAUAUUGCAGCAGUUUUGAAUUUGAUUAAUUUACUAUGUGUGUUUUGAAAUUAUUUUAUUUUAAACAGUGAUGUCACUGAAUCUGGUACUGCUAAUUCUGUAAAAAACAUUGUUUAAUAAUGGCUUAUUUUUCAAUAAUCCCUCUUUCCCUGCCAAAACUGCAGAAUCAGCAGAACUGUUUAGAAGAAGGCACUGGAAGCAUAAGUGAUUGUAUCAUUUAAAAACCUUGUACUCAGUCUGUCUAGUUCUAACUGAGCUUGACGUUACUCUUUUCACUGUCUGCCAGAAGACCUGACAUGUAUUUUCAGCACUUUUUCUUUGAUCUCACAAAAAUAUUGAUUUAAUCCUUUAUUGGAAAGCAAAUUGUGGUUAUUUCCCCCUUUUUAUUUUAAAAGGGGUAUUUAAACUUUUUUUUGUAUGAUUGAUUCUCAUCCCUGGUUACAAACCAUAAGUGAGUCACUGCCAACAUGCAGUGCCUUCAUACUUUUAAGUGUCUGAAAGCCAACAUUGGCUAGAUUCUGGCUGUCGAUGAAAUAAAAAUAGGACUGGAUUGCUGUCACAACACCUGCAUACAACUCCCAAAAACGAGUUUGGCAAAGCACUUACAACUGGGAAAAUUGGCCAGGUGAGGGGAUGUAGGAAGAAUAGCUUCAGAAUUUUGUACUCCAUUUUGUCCUGUCCCUUUUUUUGAAAGAGGUCAGAUUAGGAAAAACUACAGUGUAGUCUCAGGAGACUUAUGUUAAUUUGCACACUUGUGCUUUAAGAUCGAUUGAGCCUGUCUUCCUAGUACGUGCAGUGUUGGUUCACAAAACACUAGCUGUGACUCUGCUGCUAAAAUCAACUUUUGUGCACUGCUUGUACCAGUUCUGUAUUCAGUUAGGGCUUACCUGUUCUUUGUUUGUUCGUUCAUUUACAGAAUUACCUUGCUGUCUGUUGCUCACUGCUCAGGCAUGUGUUCUGUGUCUGCAGCAUUGCUCAGAACACAAAUAUCCUUUGUAUUUGUUAAUUUUGUAUUGCCAUGUCACUGCAGAUAUCCAUACAAAGAAUUCUGAGGUGGAUGGAUAGGGGUUUGACAAAUUGGUGUGGUUGGCCUACCAAAUACCCCUUUAGUAUAUAAAGAUUUUGAGAAGAUUUGUAGCUCGGGUUGUGGACGAGGUUGUAGACUUGCUUGCCGAGCGGUGUAUUUGAUUGCAGACAUUUUGUCACCCCUGUUAGGUAACAUUUGUCAGUGCACCUCCUGUGAAUCAUUGUUCUGUCCUGCUUGCAAUUUACAUAUCUCUGUUUGCUGAGGUGGUUGGCAUCACUUCUGGUUCUGUUUUUCAGUGGUUUGUAUAAUGGGUCCAGUUCAAUAUGUUUGUUGAUGGAGUUCCGGUUGGAAUGCCAGGUCUCUAGGAAUUCCCUAGCAUGUCUCUGUUUGGCUUGUGCUAUUGUGGAUGUACUGUCCCAGUCAAAUUCGUGCCCUUUUUGGUCUGUGUGUACUGAGACUAGUGAGAAUUGGUCAUGUGUCUUGAUGGCUAGUUGGUGUUAGUGUAAUCCUUUUUAUUGUCCAUUUUCUUCCAGUUUGGCCUAUGUUAUGUUUCUCACAGUCCUUGCGUGGUAUUUUGUGCAUUACAUUAGUUUUAAUAGUUGUGGGUAUGGGAUCCUUUACAUUCAUCAGCAGCUAUCACCGGGUGGUUGUUGGUUUGGGGCUACCUUGAUACCUAGGGUUCUGAGUAGUCUUGUGGUUAUUUCUGAAAUGUCUCUGAUGUACAGUAGGAUGUCUAGUUUACCUGGCUCUGUUGUGCUGUCUUGUUGUGGUUUGUGGCAGAGGUAACGGCAGAUUGUGUGUGCUUUUUGAGUAUCAAUUCCUUUUAAAAACUCCAUAAUUGUGCCUGUUGUUUGGAUGCCCGAAAAAGCACAAUCCACUGCUACCUCCGCGACAGACCACAACAAGUAGACACACUAGUCACCCUACUAUACAUCAGACACACAGACUACUGCAAGACUACUGAUACCCAGGGGUUUCAGCAUAGUAAACCAACAACCACCCCGCGACAGCUACUGAUGAAGGUAAAGGAUCCC